GCAGCAGGCGCCGCGGCGCGCAGCAGCCUAUGUUUCAGACGAACUAAAAGCAGCAGCCCUGGUAGAAGAAGAUGUGGAAGCUGAUGAAAACACAGUUGAUGGGGAGCCUUCAGCAAAAUAUGCAUGUCCAGAAAAAGACUUCAGUAAGAACUGCCAAAGCUACCAAAACUCUCCAGCAGCUGAAUUUUCUAGCCAUGAAAUGGACAGUGAGUCACAUAUCAGUGAGACAAGUGACCGCAUGGCAGACUUUGAGAGCAGCUCUAUUAAAAAUGAGGAAGAGAGCAAGGAGGUUUCAAUACCGCUUGAAGACUCUACUGUAUCUGAUAGUUUAGAACAAAUGAAAGCUGUAUAUAACAACUUCCUCUCCAAUUCCUACUGGUCCAAUCUCAAUUUGAAUCUUCACCAGCCAAUUUCAGAAAAAAAUAAUGGUAGCAGCAGCAGUAGCAGCAGCAGCAGUAGCAGUUGUGGAAGUGGUAGCUUUGACUGGCACCAGACUGCUAUGGCAAAAACACUGCAGCAAGUUUCUCAGAACAGAAUUCUCCCUGAACCAAGUCUUUUUAGCACAGUUCAAUUGUACAGACAAAGCAGUAAGCUUUAUGGCUCUAUAUUUACUGGAGCCAGUAAAUUCCGCUGUAAAGACUGCAGUGCUGCCUAUGAUACUUUAGUAGAAUUAACAGUGCACAUGAAUGAAACAGGACAUUAUCGAGAUGACAACCAUGAAACUGAUAACAAUAACCCUAAAAGAUGGUCUAAACCUCGUAAACGCUCUUUGCUUGAAAUGGAAGGGAAGGAAGAUGCCCAGAAAGUAUUAAAGUGUAUGUACUGUGGUCAUUCAUUUGAAUCUCUUCAGGAUUUGAGUGUUCAUAUGAUCAAAACAAAACACUACCAAAAAGUGCCUCUGAAGGAACCUGUUACGCCUGUAGCAGCAAAAAUUAUCCCAGCUACUAGAAAGAAAGCAUCACUGGAACUUGAACUUCCAAGUUCUCCAGAUUCCACAGGUGGGACACCAAAAGCAACAAUCUCAGAUACCAACGAUGCGCUUCAAAAGAACUCUAAUCCUUACAUUACACCAAAUAAUCGUUACGGUCACCAGAAUGGUGCCAGCUAUGCCUGGCAUUUUGAGGCAAGGAAAUCUCAAAUUCUGAAGUGCAUGGAGUGCGGAAGUUCGCAUGACACACUGCAGGAGCUCACAGCUCACAUGAUGGUGACAGGACAUUUUAUUAAAGUCACCAACUCUGCCAUGAAAAAAGGGAAGCCAAUUAUAGAAGCCCCAGCAACACCAACAAUAGCAUCCUUAGUAGAUGAAAAGGUCCAAUCUGUGCCACUAGCUGCCACCACUUUUACAUCUCCAUCCAACACACCUUCUAGUGUUUCCCCCAAACUAAAUGUUGAAAUAAAAAAAGAAGUAGAUAAAGAAAGAGGCCUUGCUGAUGAUAAAAUGAAAGACAAAGAUAAGUCAAGUGAAGAUGAGGAAAAGUAUGAUAUCUCCUCAAAGUAUCAUUACUUGACUGAAAAUGACCUAGAAGAAAGCCCUAAAGGAGGACUAGAUAUAUUGAAGUCUUUAGAAAACACGGUCACAUCAGCUAUAAACAAAGCCCAGAAUGGCACACCAAGCUGGGGUGGCUACCCUAGCAUUCACGCUGCCUAUCAGCUGCCUAAUAUGAUGAAGCUGUCAUUAGGUUCAUCUGGGAAGAGUACACCGUUAAAACCUAUGUUUGGGAACAAUGAAAUAGUAUCACCAACUAAAAACCAGCCCCUGGUGUCUCCACCAAGCAGUCAGACCUCACCUGUGCCAAAAACGAACUUCCAUGCCAUGGAAGAAUUGGUAAAGAAAGUCACUGAGAAGGUGGCUAAAGUGGAAGAAAAAAUGAAAGAGCCAGAAGGAAAACUUUCUCCAAUGAAACGUGCAACACCCUCACCAUGCAGUAGUGAAGUCAGUGAGCCUCUUAGAAUGGAUGCCUCCACUGAUGGUGGCUUUAAAAGCCAGCAGAACAGCCCAGUCCCUCAGAGAGAUGGUUGCAAGGAUACUCCAACUGUAGAACCUGUGGAAAAUGGAAAAGAGCCUGUUAAGUCAAUUGUAAGUUCUUUAAGUAGCAGCACAGCCAUCAUUACUGAUCACCCUCCUGAACAGCCAUUUGUAAAUCCGUUAAGUGCACUGCAGUCUGUCAUGAAUAUUCAUCUUGGGAAGGCAGCAAAGCCAUCUUUACCUGCUUUGGAUCCAAUGAGCAUGCUUUUUAAAAUGAGCAACAGUUUAGCAGAAAAGGCUGCGGUGGCCACCCCACCUCUACAGUCCAAAAAACCAGACCACUUAGACCGUUAUUUUUAUCAUGUCAACAAUGACCAACCCAUAGAUUUGACGAAAGGCAAGAGUGACAAAAGCUGCUCUUUGGGUUCAGCGCUUUUGUCAUCCACAUCGACAUCUUCUGCAUCUUCUUCAUCUACAGUGACAACAGCAAAGACAUCUGCAGUCGUGUCAUUCAUGUCAAACUCGCCGCUACGCGAGAAUGCCUUGUCAGAUAUAUCUGAUAUGCUGAAGAACCUGACAGAAAGUCACACAUCAAAAUCUUCCACACCUUCCAGCAUAUCUGAGAAAUCUGACAUUGAUGGUACCACAAUAGAGGAACCAGAAGAGAGUACGCCAGCUCAGAAAAGGAAGGGACGUCAGUCUAACUGGAACCCUCAGCACUUGCUCAUAUUGCAGGCCCAGUUUGCAGCUAGUUUACGGCAGACUUCAGAGGGAAAAUACAUCAUGUCAGACUUGAGCCCUCAAGAAAGAAUGCACAUUUCCAGGUUUACGGGACUUUCGAUGACCACAAUUAGCCACUGGCUUGCCAAUGUGAAAUACCAGCUCCGAAGGACGGGGGGAACUAAGUUCCUUAAAAAUUUGGACACUGGGCAUCCAGUGUUCUUUUGUAAUGACUGUGCUUCACAGAUCAGAACUCCUUCAACUUACAUCAGUCAUCUUGAAUCGCAUCUGGGUUUCAGGUUAAGAGACUUGUCCAAACUGUCUAGCGAACAGAUUAACAAUCAGAUAGCACAAGCAAAGUCACCGUCUGAAAAACUGGUGACGUCGUCUCCAGAGGAAGAUAUGGGAACUUCUUAUCAGUGCAAACUUUGUAACAGGACUUUUGCGAGCAAGCAUGCUGUUAAACUUCAUCUUAGCAAAACACAUGGGAAGUCACCAGAGGAUCAUCUUCUGUAUGUUUCGGAGUUAGAGAAGCAGUAGCGUUUGCUUUUGAUUAAAAUGACUGUAAUUUGCUUUGAGGAAAACUGUCAAAGACGCCUUAAAGCUACUGUUUAGUUUUUGGCACAUGUUCUUAUUUUAACUCCAGAGUCGCUCUGGGCUGAACUGUUUUGUAUAACUGUACAGUGUUUAAAUAGAGGUGCAUAAUCAGCUGUUGUUACUGGUAAAAUAUGAAGGUUAAAAUGCAGUGGUAAGUGUUUGGAACUUUGUGUAAAUUGGAUUUAGUUGCUGUGCAUCCCUCUGAUGCAUCCAGCUGCAUGCAUUAACAGACGGUUUAAUUAAGCAUUUAUAACUAAUUCUGGUGCACUUUUUUCAUGUGACCUAAGUGUGCUGGUAUUUCUCACCCUCUAAUCUUUAGCCCUCUGAGUACUUUGAAGCACUUUUGCAUUAAUUUGGUAAUAAUGUAUGAAUAUGGUUUUUUUAAACCCUGACCAGCUUAGUUCUGAUUCCUAAUAUGAACCUCCAUUUAUGCAGAGGUGUCUCACACCUUGAAAUUUAAAAAUAUAAUUUUCACAUUGAAACAUAGAUGUAUAUAUUGUAUAGAUUUCAAAAUCUCUUAUGGAAAAUGUGAUUGUGGUUAAUGCCAUUUUCUUUUUCUUCAACAUUUUUAGCAACAGUGUCUUUUUGUACCUGAUAAACCCCAGGUAUGAACUGUAC